AAACCGAUCCCAUUUCUGGAACAUUCGCUCUUCCUGUUUAUUUCACGGGACGGAGACAUCUAGAUGGAUGCUGAACUGUCUUUUUCGUGGCUGUUGACAUGAACACGGAGAAGAGAGACGUAGGGCACCAAUAAAGGAACUUCUAACUGGCUGUGUCACGAUGGCUGUUCCUGUGCCAGAUCCUGUCUACGUUUUGCGAGGAAUAGACAGUGGCAUCAAUACGUUGUGCUUUCAGUGUUCAAACGCAGAUCCAGAUUUUCCCAUUCUUUACUCAGGAUCUUCUAACGGGCUGAUCCAUAUCUGGAAUCUGAAGACACGGCGAGCCUGUAGUAGCCUGAAUGGCCACGGCGGAAAAUCAGUGUAUUGUGUGAAAACGUUACCCAACAGAAGAAAUGGACUUCUGAGUCAGGGCCGUGACCAGAACAUCUGCCUGUGGGACUUAUCUGAAGGAAGGAACGUGGUCACUGAAACUCUUUUCACCGACAACGUUGGGUUCUGCAAAUGUUCCCUCUCUGAGGUGACGGAGAAACGGUCCCUCCUGGCCACCCCAUGGAAAGGGUUAGACGAGGUUCACGUUCUGGAGCUGCCAUCUAAGACACCCAUCUGUACCCUGAAGGCGGAGGCCGAUGCCAAGCUGGGCCUGCCCAUGUCUCUGAGGAUCUGGCAGCCCAGCACUGGCUCUCAUCCUCACCUUCUGGCCGGCUACGAGGACGGGUCGGUGGUUCUGUGGGAUUUGUCGAUGGGCCGAAUGUUGAGUCGGAUCACCUGUCAUCAGGAGCCGGUCAUGAGCCUUGACUUCGAUUCGGAGAAGGCCAAGGGGGUGUCCGGGUCCUCAGAGAAGAAACUUUGCGUCUGGAGCCCCACCAGGCUGGAGAACCUGGAGCUUCAACAAACAUACCAGCUCACCAACCCUGGGAUCUCUGAGGUGACUCUACGUCAAGACAAGAAGAUCUUGGCAACGGCCGGCUGGGAUCACCGCAUCCGUCUCUUUGGCUGGAAGAAGCUAAAGCCGUUAGCGGUCUUAGACUACCACACGUCCACAGUCUAUUGUGUAGCCUUCUCAGAUCACAACCAGCCCAGUGAGAGACUAAUGGCAGCUGGCUCCAAGGAUCACCGCAUCAGUGUCUGGUCAAUAUAUAAUCAGACAUGAAAUGAGGACUGGAGAAGACCGACAUUUGCAGAGCUGAAAGAUGAGAGAGAACUAGUUAAUGGAAGGAGAACAUCAACCGGUCACUGUCCUAUAGAAUGGGAGGAGAACAUCAACCACUCACUGUCCUACAGAAUGGAUUCUAUUCUAUUCUAUUCUUAUUCUUAUUCUAUUCUUCUGUUCUACUCUACUCUCUACAUUCUAUUCUAUUCUACUCUACUUUCUACAUUCUAUUCUACUCUACUCUCUACAUUCUAU